AUGAACGAUUUGAAGCUCCGGGCCAUCUUGGUGGCCAAUCGAGGCGAAAUCGCAUGUCGAAUCAUUCAGACUUGCAGGAGACUUGGGAUCCGAACCGUGGCAGUGUAUAGCAGUGUCGAUAGCGAUUCUCUACACGUCACCGCCGCCGAUGAGAGCUGUCUGCUUGCUGGAGAUCCAACGACGGCGUAUCUUGACGGAGAGCAAAUUAUUUCUAUAGCAAAAGCUCGCGAUACGCAGGCAAUCAUCCCAGGCUAUGGCUUCCUGUCCGAGAACGCCGCCUUUGCUCGCGCGGUCGUAGCCGCUGGACUCAUCUUCGUCGGGCCUCCAUCCGAGGCCAUUGAGACCUUUGGCGUGAAGCACACAGCGCGGGAGCUCGCAGUCGCAGCCGGAGUCCCAGUGGUGCCCGGGAGCCAGGGUCUGCUCGAGACCGAAGAAGCCGCGGCAUCCUCCGCCCAGGAGAUCGGUUAUCCUGUCAUGCUGAAGGCUACCGCCGGCGGAGGAGGAAUGGGACUCUUUGUGUGCAACGAUGAGUCGGACCUGAGACGGAACUUUGCCACGGCAAAGUCGCGGGGAGCGGCCUUGUUCAAAGACGCUGGCGUUUUCCUCGAGCGGUACAUACCCUCGAGUCGUCACAUCGAGGUGCAAGUCUUUGGGAACGGGCUGGGUCAUGCGAUAAGCUUCGGCGAGCGCGAGUGCUCCAUUCAGAGGCGGCACCAGAAGCUGGUUGAAGAAUGCCCAAGCCCUUUCGUCGUCAACAAGCACCCAGCUCUGAGAGAAAAGCUGACGAGCUGUGCGGUCCAACUGGCCAAGAGCGUCAAAUAUGGGUCUCUCGGGACGGUCGAGUUCCUCGUCGACGACGAGACUGGCGACUUUUUCUUUCUUGAGAUGAACACCAGGAUACAGGUCGAGCAUGGCAUCACCGAGUUGUGCUACGGGCUGGACCUCGUGGAGCUCAUGCUACGCCAGGCCGAUCGCGAGCUGCAGGGCCUCGGGGGUCUCGACGACGGUGUCCUGGACUCGCUGCAGCUUCAAGCCUUGAAACCAAACGGCCACGCCAUCGAAGUGCGACUGUGCGCUGAGAAUCCGGCGAGGGACUUCGCACCAAGCCCGGGCCUGUUGCAAGAGGUCGUGUGGCACAGGCUGUCGGGCACCCGCGUCGACACAUGGGCCCGCGCCGGAACGCAAAUCGGCAUAGGCUACGAUCCCCUCAUUGCAAAGGUGAUGCAAUGGAGUCCAGACAGGGAGCGUACAAUCAGGGAGUUGCAGGAAGUACUUGACGGCAGCACCAUUCGCGGCCCUCCGACAAAUCUGGAGUUUUUGCGACAGCUUGCCCGUGACGAGACGUUCCUCAACGGGCAAACUACUACGCAGUUCCUAGAAGCCUUCAAGCCCAACUUCUCCGGGAUAGAAGUCAUAUCCGGGGGCUCCUACACCCUCGUGCAAGACUACCCCGGCAGACCGACCGUCGGGCAUGGCUUCGGCCACGCAGGGCCCAUGGACCCCAUCGCCCUCCAGGCCGCCAACAUACUUGCUGGCAAUCCGGUUGGCACAGAGGGCUUAGAGAUAACUCUCACCGGCCCGGAGUUGCUUUUUGUCAGCGACGCCAUCGUGGCUCUGUGCGGACCGGUGAUUCCCGCUCAGCUUGACGGACAAGACUUCCCGCGCUGGACUCGCUCAUUGAUCCGCGCAGGACAGAGGCUGACGAUGGGAAGGAUGUCUUCGGGCUGCAGAGUCUAUCUGGCAGUGCAUGGAGGCUUCACCAAUGUGGCCGUAUGGCUUGGGAGUAAGUCAACGAACCCCAUGACCGGCAUCGGCGGGUACCAGGGCCGCCCACUCCGUACUGGAGACUUUCUCGCAACCCUGGAUUCAGGGAACCUACCCAAAGUCGAACAGAAGGGCAUCCCAGGGCACCUCGUACCCAGUUACACAAACGCCCCCUGCUGGCAUAUCCAGGUCAUGCCCGGGCCGUACGAGACGGGGUACCUGUCGGAGCGAGGCCUCGAGGAGUUUUACGAGACACCGUGGGAGGUAAGCCACAAUGCCGCCCGGGGCGGGAUACGACUCAUCGGUCCGCGGCCUCACUUCGCCCGUACAGACGGCGGGGACGGCGGCGCGCACCCGAGCAACGUGAUCGAGUACGGGUACCCGAUCGGGGGCAUCAACUGGACGGGCGACGAGGCCGUCAUCUUCCCCGUCGACUGCCCGGACUUUGGGGGCUUCAUAUGCAGCGCGACGGUCGUCAAUGCGGACAUGUGGAAGCUCGGGCAGCUGCGGCCGGGAGACGUGGUGAGGUUCGAGAGGACGAGCUUGGAUGACGCACUCGAGCAGCGGCGACGGCAGGAUGAAUACCUGCGCCAGCUGGAACGCGGCCUCGAGACAGGCUGGGAGGGUUGCAAAGAGUUUGACACCGGCGCGAUAGGUGCAAGCUCCACGAAUUCCGGGUCCGACGUUGUCAAGGAAUUGCAGGCGACCUCGUCAAGGCCCAACGUCACGUACCGCUGUGGCGGAGACGACUAUCUCCUUGUCGACUAUGGAGAUGGACGAUUUGAUCUGAACCACAAGUGUAGAGCCACCGCCCUGCAGAAGCUCAUCGAACAAACCGACGGCCUUGUGUCCCUAUACGACCCGGCCGGCGUCGGAGCCAUCGUCAACAUGGUCGGCUGCGGCAACUCACUUGCCAUCACCUACAACGGCCUGAAGCUGCCCCGCGACCUCCUGGUAGACACCCUGGUCAAACUGGAGGACGGCCUGGGGGACAUGCGGCACGCCAAGCUACCGAACCGCCGCUUCCGUCUCCCCGUCACGUUCACGCACAGGAAGCUCGGCGAGUGCAUCGAGCGGUACACGGCCAACCAGCGCUCGCUCGCCAGCUACCUCCCCGACCCAUUCGCCUUUCUCGCCGAAGCCAACGACAUGACGCCCACCGAGCUCAAACAAACCUUGCUGAGCCUCGAGUCCAUCAUCAUUGGCGUCGGGUUCUUCAUGGCGCUGCCGCUGUGCCUCCCCGUCGACCCGCGCCACCGCCUCCGCUCGCCCAAGAUGAACCCAAGCAGGACGUACACGCCCGAAGGGACGUUCUCCUGGGGGGGCAGCUGCAUCGCCGUGUACCCCGUCGACUGUCCCGGCGGGUACAUGCCGCUGGGGAUGACGAUCCCGGGGCUGGACCUGUACGGCGCGAAGAAGGGGUUCAGGCCGCAGACGCCGUGGAUGUUUGACAGCAUGGACGUCGUGUGCUUCUAUGAGGUGGGCGAGGACGAGUACGACGCCAAGAUGGCGCAGUUCAGGGCGGGCAUGUACGAGUUCGAGGUCGAGCAGAGCGUGUUUGACAUGGCGGAGCAUAAUCGGCUGCUCGAGGACACCGCCGCCGAGGCUAGGCGGGUCGCGAGCUCGAGAGCGGUGGCGCAAGAGCAGAUGGCUCACCGCGAAGAGGAGUGUCUUGCCAAGUGGCGUGAACAAAAAGAUGCGGAUCGUUUGCAGAUGAAUCCUGCUGUCUCUCUCGAGAAUGAUCCGAAUCUCCAGAUAAUAAGGGCGCCAAUGACCGCCAACGUCUGGAAGGUGUUGGUCGAGGAGGGACAGACGCUCGCCGCCGGUCAGGUGGUGGCUAUCCUGGAGGCCAUGAAGAUGGAGGUCAACGUGCAUGCUGACCAGAAAUUGGUCGCGGGGACGGUGUCGAAGGUCUUGGUAGCGCCAGGGGACAUUGUCGAAGGUGGACGUCCAAUGAUGCUGGUACAGAGGCAGCAAGCUUAGCUCCGACGCCUUCAGAGCAUGUUUUCAAGUCCGUAUCUUCUCUCUUACCUGCGGCCGCUUAUCUGUAUCUUUUUACUAUCCUCGCCCACGCGAAGAGCAUUCUCAGUUCCAC